AUGAGCCAGUCGAAACUGCAAAACAUCGCAUCUACUGUUUCAAAGCAAUAUGAAACCGCGAUCGCGUCUGGCGAUGCCUUCUUUUACGAAUCGCAAGUGUCCGUCGCCAAAACAGAAGGCGUAGAGAACGUGGUUCCAUGGCAUAUCCGGAACGUCCCUGCUUUGCUUAAAAAGCCCAAAGCAUUGUCAGAGAGUCAAGACACGGAGAGGCCCCAACAAAACAAAGUGGAUGUGUUUGCACCUCCGUAUGUGCCAAACCUACUUGUGCAGGAACUAGACGACUUUGCUCUCUUGGAGCUGCCACCAGCGCCGAACAUGCUGGCCCAGGCUUACCAGAUCCUAACCACCUAUACACCUUCGGAGUCAGGCAACGAUAUGCUCGGCUUCUUUAAUUGCGGUAAAGAUAGCGGAGCUUCACAGCCGCACUGUCAUUUCCAAUUCGUCGAGCUACACCCCGCUGCACCUGCCAAGCCAGCUGUCCCCAUUGAAGUGCUAUUGGAUCAGAUCGAGAAAGACGGCAAGGAGAUGGGUGCGUAG